AUGAAUUCAAAAGUCAAGGAUAAAACUUGUUUGGUGAUCAUUGAUGGGGGGAGUUGUGCCAAUGUUGUGAGUGAGCAAUUGGUGGCCAAGUUGGGGUUGGAGGACAUCAAACAUCCUAGGCCCUAUAAGCUUCAAUGGUUGGGGGAAGCCGGGGAGUUGAAGGUGACUACUCAAAGCCUAGUGCCAUUGAAAAAUGGAGUGUUUGAAGAUGACGUGUUGUGUGAUGUCAUACCCAUGACGGCUUGCCACGUCUUGUUGGGUAGGCCUUGGGAAUUUGAUCGGAAAGUCUACAAAAAUGGGUUCACUAAUGAGUAUUUUCACAUGCUUAAUGGCUUGAAUAUUAGAUUAAAGCCUCUUUUGCCUAGGGAUGUAUUUGAGGCACACCAACAUCUACAAAAGGAAAGGGAUAGAGAGAAAAGGCUUGUGAGAGAGGGUGAGCUAAAAAAGCCAAGUGAGAGUAGGGGUGGUGAGAGCAAAAAUAAAGUAUCUAAACAAGAAAAAUCACAAGCAAGGGAGGGAAAAGGUUGCUUGUUAGCUAGGUCUCCCGACAUUGGGUGGGCACUAAAAAGCCGUUCAACCAUUCUCCUCAUGGUCCGGAACGAUUUAUGUUUAAAUGCUAACACUAACCCUUGUCCUUUGGUGAUUGAAAGUAUUUUGCAAGGUUUUAAGGAUGUCUUCCCGGAUGAGCUCCCCAACGAGCUACCACCUGUGAGAGGGAUUGAGCACCAAAUUGACUUCGUACCGGGGUCCUCUCUUCCCAACCGGGCGGCAUACAAAGCAAACCCAAAGGAAACUCAAGAGCUUCAAAGGCAAGUCGAGGGACUCCUUGCCAAAGGUUUGAUCCGAGAAUCACUCUCUCCUUGUGUCGUUCCCGUGAUUCUAGUGCCACAAAAAAAUGGUAGUUGGAGGAUGUGUGUUGAUUGUAGGGCCCUAAACAAGAUUACUAUCAAGUAUAGACACCUCAUACCUAGGCUAGAUGACAUGCUUGAAGAUUUGUGUGGCUCUACUUGUUUUUCUAAGAUUGAUUUGCUAGUGGAUACCAUCAAAUUCGCAUGA